AUGUCGAGCAAAGCUCACCGAGCGAUCAUCCUGCUUCUCGUUGCGGCAACAUUGUGUAACAGCAGCCUGUUGUCCUUGCCAUCAGAAAAGAGUUUCAAGCUGCCGCCAAAGGGCUUCACGGUGUCGCUUCCAGAGCGCCAGCCGCGGAUUAGGCGUGGGAGGUUCUUGGAGUGCUACUUGCCUUUGGUUGGCGUUAGCGGUUGUGUGCGGUCUGUUUUCUUUUCCCCGCAAUCCAGCCAUCCUAGCCCUCUUUGCUGCAAAGCGUUGGAAGAAGUCGAUAAAAACUGUUGGAAUCGUAGGGAUCCAAUAGAGCAGGAGGUUCCGUCGCAAAUCUGGAAUUUUUGUGGCCUUAGCCCUACACCUUCACCGACAGUUUUAAAUUAA